AUGGCGGAGGAACAACUAGUUCACCCUGGAGAGAAACCAUAUAAAUGUGAGGUAUGUGGGAAGGACUUCAGUAAGGCCUCAAAUCUUCAAGCCCAUCGGAGAAUCCACCCUGGAGAGAAGCCAUAUAAAUGUGAUGUGUGUGAUAAGAACUUCAGCUGGAAUUCCCAUCUUCAGGCCCAUCAGCGAGUCCACACAGGAGAAAAACCAUACAAGUGUGCCACAUGUGGUAAGUACUUCACUCAGGUUUCACAUCUUCAGGUCCAUCAGCGAGUCCACACAGGAGAAAAACCAUACAAAUGUGAGACAUGUGGUAAGGGCUUCACUCAGGUUUCACAUCUUCAGGUCCAUCAGAGAGUCCACACAGGAGAGAAGCCAUACAAAUGUGAGACAUGUGGUAAGGGCUUUUGUCAGAGUUCACAUCUUCAAGACCAUCAGAGAGUCCACACUGGAAAGAAACCCUACAAGUGUGAUAUGUGUGGGAAGGGUUUCAGUUGGAGCUCCCAUCUUCAAGCCCAUCAGAGAGUCCAUACUGGGGAGAAACCCUACAAAUGUGAAGAAUGUGGGAAAGGCUUCAUCUGGAACUCAUAUCUUCAUGUUCAUCAGAGGAUCCACACAGGAGAGAAACCCUAUAAAUGUGGCAUGUGUGGUAAGAGCUUCAAUCAGACCUCACAUCUUCAAGCCCAUUGGAGAGUCCAUACGGGAGAUAAACCCUACAAAUGUUUUGACUGUGGUAAGGGCUUUAGUAAAAGUUCACGUUUGCAAGUUCAUCAGAGAGUCCAUACUGGUGAUAAAUCCAAUACACAUGAUGAGUGUGAUAAGUGUUCUUCAGAAUUCAUUGGAUGUGGGCUGCCCCGGGAAGGGUUGGACCUCGGACAAGGUGGCUCUGCCUGCUGGGCCAGUCCCUGGUGA